AUGCGCUCACAGCGCCCUCGACACAGAUAUCGUACUGCAGCCGCGCAUGCUCUCGCCAGUGACUUCAUGUCUGCCCGCGCCGGCGACGUUGAGAUACGCCUCUGGAACGCACACAACCGUCUGAAUGUGCGUCUGCGCAAGCAGCUCAGCAAGCUUCGUAAAGAACGCCCCAGCAAGCCCGUAGAGACACGCAAAUUCAUCAAGCUGUAUCUCGAGUUUCUGAAGGAUAGCCAGCGCUUUUACCGGGACUACAUCCAGAAGCUGAAUGCCCGAUUUGGUGGUAUCCAUGAUCUGGAACGCAUUGCCCGCCAGGUCCGAUCUGACUCCAUGCAAAAGUCGCUGAAGAAGCCUUUGUCUCCUCAACUCAAGGCCGCCGUCAUUCUAUCUUGUCACCAAACCCUGAUUUAUCUUGGCGAUCUGUUCCGCUACCGCGCUGCUGAGAGACUCGACAAAGAGCCUGACUGGGGUCCGGCCAUCGGCUACUAUGCCCUUGCUGCCUCUCUCCGCCCAGAUUCUGGACUUGCUUUCCACCAACAAUCGGUCGUUGCCUUCGAACAAGGCGACUACCUACGCUCUACAUACUAUCUUUACCGCUCCAUCAACGUUGAUGAGCCCCAUCCCAACGCCAUCCCUAAUCUGGAACUGCAAUUCAAGAAAAUUACUACAGGAUGGCAGAAAGGCGACCUGGUACCCAAGCACUCCCCUCAGGAUCCCGUCGCGUCCCGCAGCGCUUUGCUUUCCUGGUUUAUUCGGUUUCACAGCCUCUGCUACAAUGGACAGCAGUUCCCUGGAUACGACGAGCUUGAGCGUGAAGUUCUGAACGGUACAGUUAUUGAGAUCAAAGGCCGUACACUAGACGCUCUCUUGUCGAAAAUGACUUUCAUCAAUUUCUGCGCCCAGGCAACUGCCGGAAACCAGUUCGAAAGCAAGCCCGAACAACACAAGUUCAUGCAGUCUUACUUCUUUUUCCUGAGGUUGAACGUCAAGUAUUUCACCGCGAUACUGGACGUCUAUUUCGAAGAUCUGGAACAUCACAUGCAGGAGCACUCGGAUCCUAAAUUCCUCAUCGACAAUAUUACAGACCUAGCACGACAUGUCCUUCCUGCUUUGCGUCUUUACAGUACUUGGCUACUCAGCAACGCUCACAUAGUUGCCGCACGCGUUGGUGACGAGCCAAUCCAGAAGGCCAUGGAUCGCUUCUGGUCCAUUUACGCUAGAGCUCUAUCCCUUAUGGCAUUCAACUUCUCGUUCCGAGAGCUCACCGAAGUUCCGUACCAGCUAGAGGAAGAUGUUGAUGCUUUUGGCCUCAUGCCUUUGGACUCGGAUAGGUCGCGUAAACUCUGGCUGAAUGCAGCAACCGGACAGGCCAAGCCCAAGUACAAUGACGAAGGUGUAAAGCGCCUCAGUAACGACCAAGAGAUGCUCGGAAGAGUCCGUGAGCUCCUCUUCGAUGCCUUGCUCUUAGCCGUAGACAAGGUCCGUAAUGUCAUCUGUGAUCACGCCUUGCCCAUAACAUACUGA